GCUGCGUUCAAGCGAAGCUAAGGUCAAACGUGUUAUCACCAAUUUGUGAACAAAGCUUGGUGAGGCGUUAAUUUAACAAUGAGUCUGAGAAUGGAAUUGUGUGAUUUUAUCGAGUGUGCUGGUUUCGGGGGAAACCCCCGAGCAACACCCUACGCCCAUGACUAGAUAAUGAUAAUUUAUUAAAUAGUAGACACUUGUGUGUAUUGUUUCGGUUCGCCGAAUGUGCAUAUACAGAUAAGUCGCAUCAAAACAUUAUUUUGGAUAACAAUUAUGCAAUGGAAAAAAAUCGUUAUGGAUAUUGCGCAUUAUGUUUUUUGCGGUAGUUGUGGUGGUGAGGUUUGUUCGGCAAUAAUUACAAUUUUUCCCCCCGAAAUUGUGAAAAACAAGCAGAAUCGAUGAAAGUGGAAAUGGAGGAAAUCGACGACAGCACAAUUUGUGAUUCUGUGAAUUCGUUAGUGGAAGGAUGCAGGCUCCCGGUUCACAUGACCGGCACUUCCGACUGGCCUUUGGCCGAAAUUAUCAGUAUUAAGGACGUGCAAGGCUCGAAAUUGUACUACGUCCAUUACGUUGAUUUUAACAAGCGUUUGGACGAAUGGGUGACCGAAGAAUCGCUCGACACUCGUAAAGUCCACUUCCCGAGACGUGACGGCGGGAGUAACACUGGAGUCUCAACUCCGAAAAAAAUUCACAUUGGGGGCGGUGGUGCCAUCGGUUCGGUAUCAAGGCCCUCGAGCCCUGUGACAGCUGCCUCCGAACUUGUCAACGGCAGUGCUGUCCUAGCAGCAGCGUUGCAAAAACGCAUAAAUAGGAAACGAAAAGGGCCGUCUCUUGAGAGCGAAGACUCGCAAGAUGGGCCCACACAGAUGCCCCCAGGGCCGAGGCAGUCUGGGAGCAUGGUGUCGCACCAUGACGAUGUGGUCACCAGGAUGAAGAACAUCGAUAUGAUCGAGUUAGGGAAACACAGGAUAAAGCCGUGGUAUUUUGCGCCAUAUCCGCAAGAAAUGGUCAACUUGAGCUGUAUAUACAUCUGCGAGUUUUGCCUCAAGUACCGAAAGAGCAGGAAGUGUCUAGAACGCCACUUGGUCAAAUGUAAUUUGAGACACCCGCCCGGAAAUGAGAUUUAUCGCAAGGAAAACGUCUCGUUUUUUGAAAUUGACGGGCGGAAAAAUAAAGUCUACGCCCAGAAUUUGUGUUUGUUGGCGAAGCUGUUCCUCGAUCAUAAAACACUGUAUUACGACACGGACCCGUUUUUGUUUUACGUAAUGACCAUUUUUGAUAAUAGAGGGUUUCACAUUGUUGGCUAUUUUUCGAAAGAGAAGGAAUCAACGGAAGAUUUUAACGUCGCGUGUAUUUUAACCAUGCCUCCGUAUCAGCGAAAGGGUUACGGAAAAUUACUAAUCGAAUUUAGUUAUGAAUUAUCAAAGUUCGAAGGUAAAACGGGUUCUCCCGAAAAACCUCUCUCCGAUUUGGGUUUGCUUUCGUAUAGGAGUUACUGGGCACAAGCUAUUUUAGAAAUCUUAAUAUCAAUGAAGCCAGUGGGUGAUAACGAGAAGCCACAAAUAACGAUCAAUGAAAUUUGUGAGUUGACAAGUAUUAAAAAAGAAGACGUCAUCUCAACUUUACAAAACUUAAACUUAAUCAAUUAUUACAAAGGCCAGUAUAUUAUAACGUUAAAUCAGGAAAUUAUGCAAAGUCACAAAAAAGCCAUGGAUAGUAGACUUAUCCGAAUCGACCCCAAGUGUCUGCAUUGGACACCUAAAGAUUGGGGCAAACGCGCCAAGUGGUAGAUCAAUAAAUGAUUUUUUACA